UCCCAACGAUUCCCAGUGAUGUUGGUGUCCGAAGGACUGUGUUGCUCAUGCAGUGAUUGUUGUAAAAUUUGGGAUACGUGUGGAGUGUAUAAUAUUUAUUUGUAAAAUAUAUCACGCUGGACUCCCUUGAUUAAAGUGUUUUUUUUUUUCUGAUAUAAAUGACGAUUUACUUAAAGCGAACCAUUUAAAACUAGUGUUGACAAGUAGGCCAAUAGGUUAAUUUUUGGGAGUGCCGUUAAUUUAGAUAGAAUCGUCUUUGAAGUGUUCUUCGUCUUAAACGUGUUAUAACAUUAUCGGAUGUGGCACUCAUUAAAAACAAGACAUGUUACAAAAUGAUUUUGCGCCUCUUUGGGCGGUGUCACUCGGUGUUGUGGUUCCACUUGUUGCUGUUGUGGGCGUGUGCAUUUGUGGGUGCAGGAAAACGGUACCAAAGAAUGACUUGCACGGUCUUCCAGGCAUGGUGAAAAUAACAAAUCCUGAUGAGGCCUGUAAUCAUCAACUGGCAAUUGAAGUUCGUGAUAACAAUGCAGCUGGCUGUGCAGCAACGAGUGUGGAAGCCUGCGAUAUGAGCAGAAGGUUAUAAUGAUCACAAUUAUCUGUACGUUAUAAAACAGUUUAGAGAGUAAUAGUCCUUGUUUUGUGACG